GAACUGGAAGAAUGUAAGCGUAAUGUGGUAACUCGUUCAGCCCUGAGUGAGAACCAACCGAGCGUUCCAUCUAUCCGUGUAACCCAUAGCAAGGGUCCCACUUAUGUGCUCAAACUGGAGAUGGAACACGAACGUAUUAAGACUGCCUACAAGACCUUGAGUAAAGAACGAGCUGAUUGGUUAAUCACGAAAGAAGAGAAUGAGGAAUUACGCUCGCAGGUUCAACAAUUGAAAAAUUGGCGUCAGAGGGCGCUGACUGCAGAAAACGCAUUGGAAGAGAUACAGAAUCUGGCUGAUCUGAAUAAGUCCUCCACAGCAGAGGGGACCAAACUCGGAUCGGUGAUCAGUCCGAAUCGUGUAAAUUAUUUGGAACGAGAAAAUCAGCUGCUGCUUGCCGAAACCGGUGAGCUUCGCGGUCGCGCGUUCGAGCUCCAAUCCAAACUGGAACAUGCAUUAAGUCAGUUACAAACAAUGAAGGGACAUCGAGACAAACUGCUCGAACAUGUGCGCAGUGGACCGAGUCAAGGUGGAGUGCGGUGGGCUGAUACCGAUCUGCUGACUACACCUGUUCAAAUAUAUCUCAAAAGAGACUACAAGGAAGAUCAGUAUCGUGUCAAUCGGCGUUCCGGAGAACGACCAAAAAGAAAAACCGAUACAGUUCAGGUACCUCCAGCCACUGUAUAUCCCAAAACCUCAUUCCGUCAUGGCCAUAUUCAGAAUCGAUUUCGAGACCUGGAGAAAAUAUGUAACAGUUCUGAUAAACGACAUACCAGUAAAACUCCAUUUGAAACGACGUCGGAUGUCACCAUUGUUCCACACAAUACAUGGCAGAUGAUCGGACGGCGCCAGGGUCUACAUGAACCACAGACCACCCGCAUUCUCACCCUAAAAGCGAACCCCUCUGCGGAAGUUAAAGAGACGCUAUCCAAUGAGGUCACUCGCCUACGCCAAGAAAAUGAACGAUUCCGACAGAGAAUACAGGUUCUGGAAGAAUGCACAAUGCGCCUGAGGCAGCGUCAAGCACAAUCCACUCAUCCAUUAGAUUCAGAUGAGCCAACCAUUGGCAGUGUCACAAUGGUGGUCGAUCAACGUCUCACUGAACACCCAGACCCAUUGACAGAACUCGAAGGUGAUUAA